AUGUCAACAGAACAAGACCUACGCAAUGGCUGCCACACUUACAUGUCGGGCACCCCCACUUCAUAUGGCUACGUUCCAUCGACCGCUGCGGGAGUUGUCUUCUGUAUCUUGUUCGGUCUCUCUACCAUUAUGCACAUAAUUCAGCUUGGUCGGUCUAGGAUCUGGUGGUGCAGCGUAUUUGUUAUGGGUGGACUGGUUGAAAUCAUCGGCUGGGCGGGCCGCGCUUGGUCCUCCCAAUGCCCGUACAACUCGACCGCGUUCCUCAUGCAGCUCUCGACACUAAUCAUUGCGCCUGUUUUCUUCACUGCCGGUGUCUACAUUAUUCUUGGCCGCUUGAUCCAGGUCUUUGGCCGCGACUGCUCCAUUCUUCGACCGAACCUAUAUCUUUGGAUAUUCUGUACUUGCGACGUGAUUUCCCUGUUUGUGCAGGCAAUUGGUGGCGGUAUGGCCUCAGCGGCAGUGAAAAAGGUCAACGGUAACACAGAACCGGGCACAAACACAAUGGUUGCAGGAAUAGUCUUCCAAUUGGCUUCCAUGAGCCUCUUUGUUGGUCUUGCAACCGACUUUCUGAUUCGAAUAACUAGACGGGGCAUGUUAAACGCUGGAAAGAAGUCCUCCAUUCCUAUACUAAGUGCCAUGACGCUGUCAUUGCUUUGCAUUUAUCUGAGGAGCAUAUACCGCACUAUAGAACUCUUACAGGGCUGGACGGGGUACCUUGUUACGCAUGAACGAUACUUCAUCGCGCUUGAUGGGGCCAUGAUGGUAAUCGCCGUUGGGGUUUUCAACUUUGUACACCCCGCUACUUUCUUGCCUCCAUCAUUAGCAGAGGAUGCUGGGGAGUGGCUGGAGAUAACACCAAGAUCUGAGUCGAGAAAAUAG